AUGCUCUGCUCCAUCUGUUCCACAACACUUAUGGGCAUAUGGGACCCAUCCAAAACUCCACGAGUCUGUCAAGUCAAGGAUUUUCUAGACGACCACAGUAUUCCUGGAUUCGAGUUACCUGAGGACGGACCAGACGACCCAGACCACAUUCAACCAAAGCACCACGUUUUCGGCCACCACCCUUCACAGAAUUCCUUCGAGAAGUCUGUCCAAGAUGGGUGUUUUCUGUGCUGCCUUUUGGACUCCAAGGGCCAGGCUUAUGGGGAUGGCAAGAUUCGAGAUCUUGACAAACUGGGAUAUUAUUCCGUUCUUGCCAUUAAUUUUAAGCUUGCCAAUGCGCCAGUCUUUGUUUUAUUCUCUUCUCACCCCUCAACUCAAGACAGUGCAACCUGGGGCCUAAUUCAAGGUUGGCUAGAUGCAUGCCUCCAAUCUCACACACGAUGUAAUGAGCCGAAAAAUCCCGCCUUUAUCCUAGACCAUCUUCUUGAGCUUAAUAUUGAUUCUCGGACCUUCCGCUUGGUUGCUGCUGCUGAGAUUAAAGCUGGCACCCGUUACUGCACAUUGACCUACGCCUAUCAAGUGGAUGAUGCUGAGAUCACACGCUGUCCUAUUCAACAAUCACAACCCCUCUCUAUCCUACCUCAAACAUACCAAGAUGCCUUCACCGUGGUGGAAAUGCUAGGUCUGAAGCACCUUUGGAUUGAUCAUCUCUGUUUGAUUCAAGAUAGCCAACUGUCGCUAGAACAGCUUACUAUCAAAAACAGAGACAUAUUUUUGAACAGUUUCUGUGGCAUCGGCGCCACAGGUGCUACUUCACCUUCUUCUGGGCUUUUUGUCCACAGAGAACCACAAGAUAUUGUUCCUGGUCUUGUUGACUUCCCUCUGGAUGCUAGCGGCAACAAAUCCGUCCUGAAGUUUUAUCAUCGAACCCCUCAGGUGGAGAGCUUUAGUGUUGAGCCAAUGGUCGAAAAGCCUCAUGCUAUGCAGGAGCGCCUUCUAACGCCAAGAAUGAUACACUUUGCUUCCACACAAGUCUACUGGGAGUGCUAUGGGGCUCUCAACAGUGAGCUCAAUCCCCAUGGCAUAGUACUCAGGCCAAAUACUAGACUGGGCAGAGAAGGCGAAAAGACGGCUGAGGGACGGACACUUCUCUCGAUGUGGAAGCCACUCUUAGAGGCCUGGUUCUGGUCUUGUGAGGAUCCCCGAGACGAGCUCCUCGGUCGCUGGAGCCACUUUCUGGGCCAAUAUCUCAAAGGCAGAGAUGAAUUCCCGCAAUAUAGGCUCAUACGGCUCGACAGUGUAGUCGCAGAGAUGAAGCACGCUCUCAAGGAGCUUGGACGUGAUGAUGCAUACCUUGCAGGGAUGUGGAAGGAUACACUCCCUGCAAGCCUUCUUUGGAUUGCGGUAAAAACACGACCCAAGCCAACUGAAUACCUUGCCCCGUCCUGGAGCUGGGCCUCAAACAACGGUGUCAUUGGCUUCCCAAGACAUAGCGCAGAGGAAUUUGAUAACGGGAUCCUUUGUGGCUUCAUUAGUGGCACUUGCCAGCUCAAUGGUAUUGGACAACCUAUUGGUGGGCAUAUUAUUCUCAAGGGAAAGCUUCUUGUUGCAAAAGUUUCCCAUGAUACUGAAUGGCCCCUUGAAGGUGCUACAAAAAGGGAGAUUCUGAGUGUGGCUGAUCCAAUCACAGGUACUUGUCUAGUCGAGGCUCCAGAAUCUGUGCACAAGCACCGUUGGAACAUCUUCUUUGAUACAGAGGAAGAUAGGAGGGAAUCUGUGUUCUUUAUGCCGAUUAAAAGGGCAAAUCAAGAGAAGGGACAGCCCGGGAGUCAAGAAAUGUUCUUGAUUAAAGGCAUUGCCCUGUAUAAGGUGGACAGUGGUUUGUUCCGGCGCUGUGGCCAGGCGGAUAUUGUGGUAACAAACGAUGAAAAUGAUUUCAGCAGUGUUCUAGACUCUACUGUUCAAAUUAUUUAG